GUUCGCAAUCUGCGCCUCUCAUCAGGCACCUUGACGGCCUUUCCAGACAAAAUAGCUGAAGAAUUUAGACAAUACUACCAAUCGCUCUACAAUCUACAUGAGCGGGACGGACGGGAUAAAAGGGACACCGAAUCUAUCAGAGUGCAGGAAUACUUAAGAGACACCGUGACGAAAGCAAUACGCCCAGAUGCGGCAGAGGAAUUGGACGCCAUGAUUACCGCAGAGGACAUUCAGGCGGCCCUGAAAUCUGCUAAAACGGGAAAAGCCCCAAGCCCAGAUGGUUUCUGCUCAGAUACUACAAAACUUUUUCAUCAAUACUGUUUCCAUGGUUGA